UCCUUUUUUAUCUUUGAUCUUUUUUACCCUUCCAUUUUCCUCUCCAUCCAUCGUUCGGUACUGUUCAUCUUCCAUGACCUCGCGACACCCGAACAGCAGCGGUGCGGCGAUCUGCACCUCAUUUUCGUUCGGAUUUUCGGUGGUUUCUCAUGAUCUUUUUGAGAGUUUUCUCAUCGUCCAUCAUCCACAUUGGUUCUUCUAGUGUUUUAUCUCCCCCAAUAUACCGUACAAGCUCUGUCUCGUUGUUGGUUGAACAGAGCCGACAGGAGCAAGAUCUGCCGGAAGUAUUCCUCUUAAGUUCAGCAUCGUUUCUCAGGCCGAAAUCUCGGUUCAGAUCCGAUCGCAGCAAGAUCUGCCGGAACUGUUCACCGAACUCCCUGUUCUUUACCGCAUUCGCACAGUUGAAGAAAAUCACUGAAUAGUAGGACUCUCGAAUCUCCUCGUCCAUCAACAAGAACCGAACAACUGAAACGCAAUGGACUGCAUGGAUCCGACUCGAGCUUUCGUCAAAGACGUUAAGCGUGUUAUUGUUAAGGUUGGAACUGCUGUUGUCACCAGAGCUGAUGGAAGAUUAGCCUUGGGCAGACUAGGAGCACUUUGUGAGCAGAUUAAAGAAUUGAACUCUCGAGGCUAUGAGGUUAUUUUGGUUACUUCAGGUGCUGUUGGUGUUGGCCGUCAAAGGCUUAGAUACAGGAGAUUAGUUAACAGCAGCUUUGCUGAUCUCCAAAAGCCACAAGUUGAACUUGAUGGCAAGGCAUGCGCAUCUGUUGGACAGAGUGGUCUCAUGGCUCUUUAUGAUGCACUGUUCAGUCAGCUGGACGUGACCUCAUCCCAGCUUCUUGUGACUGAUAAUGAUUUUAGGGAUCCUGAUUUCAGAAUGCAACUAUGUGAAACAGUGAAAUCAUUGUUAGCUCUGAGGGUUAUUCCUAUUUUUAAUGAAAAUGAUGCAAUCAGUACCAGGAAAGCUCCAUAUGAAGAUUCUUCUGGUAUAUUCUGGGAUAAUGACAGUCUAGCAGCUUUACUAGCUUUGGAGCUGAAAGCUGACCUUCUUGUCUUGUUAAGUGAUGUGGAAGGCCUAUAUAGUGGUCCUCCCAGUGAUCCACAUUCAAAGUUAAUCCAUACCUAUAUCAAAGAAAAGCAUCAAGGAGAAAUCACAUUUGGUGAUAAGUCCAGGGUGGGAAGAGGUGGCAUGACUGCUAAAGUGAAAGCUGCUGUUUAUGCAGCAUAUGCUGGUAUUCCUGUUGUCAUUACAAGUGGUUUUGCUACUGAUAAUAUCAUAAAAGCACUUCAAGGGGAGCGUGUUGGUACCCUCUUUCAUCAGGAUGCACAUUUAUGGACUCCACUCAAAGAAGUCGGUGCACGUGACAUGGCAGUUGCAGCAAGGGAUUGUUCUAGACGACUUCAGGGUCUGACUUCACAAGAUAGAAGGAAAAUUUUACUUGACAUAGCCGAUGCCUUGGAAGCAAAUGAAAACUUAAUUAAGGUUGAAAAUGAAGCUGAUGUUGCUGCUGCACAGCAGGCUGGAUAUGAAAAGUCGUUGAUAUCUCGAUUAGCUUUGAAGGCUGGGAAGAUCUCUAGCCUUGCAAAAUCAAUUCGUGUACUUGCUAACAUGGAUGAUCCAAUUGGUAAAGUUUUAAAGAAAACUGAGCUUGCCGAUGGGAUGAUCUUAGAGAAGACAUCAAGUCCCUUGGGUGUUCUCCUGAUCGUUUUUGAGUCUCGACCUGAUGCCCUAGUUCAGAUAGCUUCAUUAGCAAUUCGUAGUGGAAAUGGACUUCUCCUGAAGGGAGGGAAAGAAGCCAAGCGAUCAAAUGCAAUCUUGCACAAGGUUAUUACUGAGGCUAUCUUAGAUACUGUUGGUGAAAAGCUUAUUGGACUCGUGACUUCAAGAGAGGAGAUACCUGAUCUGCUCAAGCUUGAUGAUGUGAUAGAUCUUGUGAUCCCAAGAGGCAGCAAUAAACUUGUUUCUCAAAUUAAGAGUUCAACCAAAAUUCCUGUUCUUGGUCAUGCAGAUGGAAUUUGCCAUGUUUAUGUUGAUAAGUCAGCUAAUAUGGAUAUGGCAAAGAAAAUUGUGUUAGACGCGAAGAUAGAUUAUCCUGCAGCCUGUAAUGCGAUGGAAACACUACUUGUGCACAAAGAUUUGGUCAAGACUGGUGGGCUUAAUGACCUCAUUGUUGAGCUUCGCACUGAAGGUGUUACUCUAUAUGGUGGACCAAGAGCUAGCACCCUGUUAAACAUCACAGAGGCCCCGACAUUUCAUCAUGAAUACAAUUCAAUGGCUUGCACUGUUGAAAUUGUGGAUGAUGUGCUUGCAGCCAUUGACCACAUACAUCGUCAUGGAAGUGCCCAUACUGAUUGCAUCAUUGCUGAAGAACGUGAAGUUGCAGAAAUCUUCUUGCAGAAAGUUGACAGUGCUGCAGUUUUUCAUAAUGCGAGCACAAGAUUUUGUGAUGGAGCUCGUUUUGGACUUGGUGCAGAGGUUGGAAUAAGCACAAGCAGGAUUCACGCUCGAGGUCCAGUUGGAGUUGAAGGAUUAUUGACAACAAGAUGGAUUCUGAGAGGAAGUGGGCAAGUGGUGGAUGGUGAUAAAGGGGUCAUUUACACCCACAAAGAUCUUCCGUUGCAGUCCUAAAUGUUUUUGUAAGGAGAAUUUGUCAAAAACUCUUUCUUUUACAUCUAAUAAUGUUAUCGUUGGUAUUUCUUCUAACGUUAUGUUUCUCACUGCUUCUUGCUGUACUUGUACGACUGUCGUUGGUUCUCUUUUGUAAAAUUUGUUAUUGGUUCGCAUACCUUGAAAAGAUGACAUACAUAGCCCACCACUAUUAUCUCA